UCUCUCAAUUCUUCAUUAUUACAUCUCCUGCAGGGGACUCAACAGCUGAGAGCUUAUUCUCUGACUGAACAACUAAAAUGGCAUUAAAUGGUAAAAUUGCAGUAGUGACCGGAGCAGCGCAGGGAAUAGGAAAAGCAAUGACUGAGAUGCUCUUGCAAAACGGUGCCAAGGUAGCCCUCUUGGAUGUGAAUGAAACUGAAGGAAAGAAAUUAAUGGAAGCCCUCAAAAGAGAGUACGGACUGGAGAGAACUUUGUUCCACAUCUGUGAUGUUGAAUCAGAGGAGCAGAUCAAAGCUGCCUUUCAGAAAACUGCUGAAACCUUCGGAGGAAUAGACAUCCUGUGCAAUAAUGCUGGCAUUGCGAAUGAGACUGCGUGGGAGAAAACUGUCUCCAUAAACCUUGUGGGGGUUAUCAGGGGGACUUACCUGGCUCUGGAGCACAUGAGCAAGUUGAGUGGAGGUCGGGGAGGGAUCAUCGUCAACACUGCAUCCAUUACAGGUCUCAGUCCUGUAUUAAGCUUUCCUGUCUACACGGCCACCAAGCACGGAGUGGUCGGCUUCACUCGAGCCAUGGCGGCUGCCUCUGCUGCAUCAGGCUAUGGUAUACGGGUCAACGCCCUUUGCCCGGGUUGCGUCCAAACUGACCUCUUCUCUACCAGUAUAUCCAAUCUGGGGCUAUAUUCCCACCUGGCUGAUGAAACCCAAAAAUUAGUUGAAAAGCUUGGGAUGUUAACGUUAACCUUAGGUGCUUACCUUAGGUCACUGUACCUUUUUAUUUCAGUGCAUCUGAGGUAGCAAACUGCCUCCUUGAGCUGGUGACAGAUGAGACGAAGAAUGGAGAGGCCCUCAUUGUGUUGCCAAAAGGAAGGAAAUACAUGACCUUUCCAUCAUUCACCGAGUAGCUCUUGACAAUGACAAACCACAACGCCAUCAUACAGAAUCAACUGUUACACUAAAUCUUGUCAUCAAAAUUGCAAUGUCUCUCAGUGCUGUAAUGCGCAAAAUACAAAAGUGUGUAAGAUUUGGGGGUUAGAGGCAGAAAUUGAAUAAAAUAUUCAUAAGUA